AUUGCGCAAGGAAGGGUCACUUUUCCCUAUUUGCUAGUUUCCGUCAUUUUAUGGGUACCUAAAAGAAUAUCAAAAGAGAGGGGGUUUUAGGGUUUAAGGUUUUUGAGACUGACUUUGCAAUCAUGUGGGCAAUUCGUAGAGCCUCUUCUUCCUUCAAGAAACAAGUGUUUGUGACCGGGCGCUCUCGAAUUUGUUAUGCCACUUCAGAAAUUUCCAGUGAUGGGCUUAAAGGGGCUUCCAAUGUAAUAUCAGAUAGACCUCUUACAUUUAGAGGAUUCCAAACAUCUCAUGGUUUUCCAAGAUUAUUCAUGGAAAGCCGAAGUUUCUCUUCGCAAGCUGGCACAAAGAGCAGCGGAGAAGAAAAUAGUGAUUCAGAAGAUGGAUUUUCAGAGCUUGAAUCUUCUACUGCAACUGAAGCAAUACAAGAAGCCAACAAAGUGGACGAGUCAGUCUCUGAGCAAGAGCUCUCUGAAGAGGAUCUUGAUGGUGAAGCACCUCAGGAAUUAGAGCUGUCUGAUACGGAGAGUGAAGUUAGCAAACGGAAGUCUUCAAGGAAAAGAGUUUCUUCUGCAUUAUACAAUGCUAUUGUGGCUGCACCAGCUUUAUCUGUUAGUAAAAUUUUGGAUAAAUGGGUUGAAGGAAAUGACGUGACACGGGCAGAAGUAGCAGAAGCGAUGCUUAAUCUUCGUAGAAGGCGCAUGUACGGGAGGGCACUGCAGCUCUCUGAGUGGUUGGAGUCAAAAAAGCAGCUCCCUUUUACUGACAGAGACUAUGCUUCUCGUGUUGAUUUAAUUGCCAAAGUCCGAGGUCUAAAGAAGGCAGAAGAUUAUAUUGGGAUGAUACCAAAGUCUUUCAGAGGUGAAGUUAUUUAUCGCACUUUAUUGGCCAAUUGCGUCGCCGAAGGUGAUCUGAAGAAAUCUGAGCAGAUUUUUAACAAAAUGAAGGACCUUGAACUCCCAUUAACUUGCUUUACUUGCAAUCAGUUGCUCCUUCUAUAUAAGAGGACUGAUAAAAAGAAGAUUGCCGACGUUCUCUUGCUAAUGGAGAAGGAAAAUGUGAAGCUAUCCCUUUUUACUUACAAAACAUUGAUAGAUGCUAAGGGGCAAGUCAACGACAUAUCUGGAAUGGAGCAAAUUGUUGAGACCAUGAAGGCUGAAGGGAUAGAACCUGAUAUCAACGUAAAGAGCAUCUUGGCAAAGCACUAUCUCUCAGGUGGUCUCAAUGAGAAGGCCGAGAAUGUACUAAAAGAGAUGGAAGGAGGUGAUAUAAAUGAAAAUCGCUGGGCAUGUCGUAAUUUGCUUCCUCUUUAUGCAGCUCUUGGAAGGGCCGACGAAGUUAGUAGAAUCUGGCAAGUUUGUGAGUCUAAUCCUCGGCUUGAUGAAUGUGUGGCUGCUGUUGAAGCUUGGGGGAAACUGCAUAACAUUGAGGAGGCGGAAGCAGUCUUUGAUAAGAUGGCAGCAAAAUGGCCAACAAUCUCAUCGAAGCAUUAUUCUGUUUUAUUGAGAAUUUAUGCAAAUCAUAAGAUGUUGUCCAAAGGAAAGGACCUUGUGAAGCGUAUGGCUGAGAGUGGUUGCCGAAUUGGGCCAUUGACUUGGGAUGCCCUAGUCAGACUUUAUGUUGAAGCUGGAGAAGUGGAAAAAGCAGAUUCAAUAUUGCAUAAAGCUGCAGAGCAGAAUCGCUUGAGGCCAAUGAUUAAUUCUUAUUUGGUCAUUAUGGAACAAUAUGCAAGGAGAGGUGAUGUUCAUAAUACCGAGAAAAUGUUGCACAGAAUGAAACAAGCUGGAUAUGUUUCCCGAAUUUCCCAGUACCAGUGCCUUAUUCGGGCCUAUGUAAAUGCCAAAGCUCCUUGUUAUGGUAUUGCUGAGAGAAUGAAGGCAGAUAAUGUAUUUCCAAAUAAAGGAUUGGCAAACAUGAUGGCUCAGGUUGAUGCAUUCAAGAAGUCUGCUGUGUCUGACUUGUUGGAUUGAUUGAUUGAUGUACCCGCCCUACCUUUCUUGUGAUAAUGGAUCUUGCAUACUUAAUAGAUUGAUUAUUAUGCAUUGUCAGUUGUAGGAUGAACACUUUUGAGAUAUCAGCUUCCUUUUCUUUGACUAAUUAUCAUGUUAUUCCCGCUU